UCUCCCGUAUCCAGGGCAGCCUCUGCGGGAAUUGGCGAGCCGUACUUCAGACCCCGCGGACCUCCCGGCGAUCACGCCGCCGGCCUGCGCGGCGUACGGCUAGGGCGGCCCCCAGGUUUCCGUGGAAACCCCCCGCCUCGGUAAGGACCGAGGAGGAGGAGGAGGAAGGAGGAGAGGGCCGCCUCGCGCUUCCAGCUGGCCUGCCACAGAAGUCCUCCAGCCACAGCCAAAGAAAAUAUCCCCAGGGAGGAGGAGGUGGAGACGAGUGGUCAGCGGUCCCGGAGUCCGGCCCCGGCGGGGGGCGGAGAGCGCGAGGGGGAGGAGCGGACGUGAGCGAGGAGGAAGGCGGAGGAAGUGACUGAAUGUGGACUGCGAAGCCGGGCGGCCGUCACGUGCGGGGCCCGGGCCGGGCGACGGACGGCGGUCGGGCCCUCGGGGGGACGAGCGGAAAGUGACCGUGGCCCGGGGCCCGUCCCCGGCCCCCCGCGGGUGGGUGAGGUCGGCCCUCGGGUCCGGCCGGCGGCCCGCCGGAGAGGCGGCCCGGGCUCGGGACCUGUUCCGCGAAGCAGGGAGUCGGCGGCCCGGCCCUUCAGCGAUGCUUUCGCUGAAGAAAUACUUAACGGAAGGACUGAUCCAGUUCACCAUCCUGCUGAGCCUGAUCGGGGUGCGGGUGGACGUGGACACCUACCUGAGCUCGCAGCUGCCCCCGCUGCGGGAGAUCAUCCUGGGCCCCAGCUCGGCCUACACCCAGACGCAGUUCCACAACCUGCGCAACACCUUGGACGGCUAUGGCAUCCACCCCAAGAGCGUAGACCUGGACUAUUACUUCACGGCCCGCCGGCUCCUCAACCGGGUGAGGGCCCUGGACAGGUUUCAGGUGCCCACCACCGAGCUGAACGCCUGGCUGGUCCACCGGGACCCCGAGGGCUCCGUGUCGGGCCCCCAGCCCAGCGCGGGCCUGGUCCUCGAGGGCACCAACGGCCUCCAGGACGUGACGGGGCCGGAUGGCGCGCCGGCCCGCGAGAGCGAGGCGGAGCCGGGCUUCGGGGAGGCCCUGGAGGACCUCGGGGCCGUGGCCCCCGCCGGAAACGGGGAUCUGACCAAAGAGGACAUCGAUUUGAUUGACAUUCUGUGGAGACAGGAUAUCGAUCUCGGCGCCGGGCGCGAGAUUUUUGACUACGGCCACCGCCAGAAAGAGAGCGAGGCGGACAAGGAGUUGAGCGACGGGGGAGAGCACGGGGCCGGCUGGGCCGAGGGCGGCGAGCCCCCGGCCGGGGACCUGCUGGCGGAUGGAGAGACGGGCGAGAGCUUCCCCGCCCAGGUGCCGGGGGUGGAAGACCAGACGGCCUUAUCCCUAGAGGAGUGUCUUAGGCUGCUGCUGGAGGCCACCUUCCCCUUUGGGGAGAACGCAGAGUUUCCAGCGGCCGCCCCCUCGGACGAGACGGAAGCCGGGCCCCGCGCCGCCGAUUCCCCGGCCCUGGGCCGCCAGCUCCUGUCCCCGCUGCUGCCUGACCCCGAGCCCGAGUCCGAGUCCGCCUUGGAGCUGGAGCAGCAGUGGCAGGACCUCAUGUCCAUCAUGGAGAUGCAGGCCAUGGAGGUGAACCCCCUGGGGAGCGACGGCCUGUUCGACCCGACGGCCGGCGACCCGCUGAGCGGCGACUACGGCCUGGCCCCCGACCCGCCCAUCACCCAGAACGUCAGCCUGCAUCAGGCCUCCCUGGGGGGCUGCGCCCAGGACUGCGCCCUGUUCGGCGGGGGCGCGGCCGAGAGCGCGAGCCCCCCGCCGGCCCGGGCCGGGCCCCCCCUGCUCCCGCUGACGCCGCCCGGCAACGCCACCGGCCUCAACUCCACCUUCGGCGCCACCAACCUGACGGGCCUCUUCCUCCCGCCGCCGCCGCCGCCGCCGCCGCUGCUCAACGGCUCGGCCAACGGGACGUCCGGCCCCGAGCUGCCCGACCCGCUGGGCGGCCUCCUGGACGAGGCCAUGCUGGACGAGAUCAGCCUGAUGGACCUGGUGAUCGAGGAAGGCUUCAACCCCGUGCAGGCUUCGCGGCUCCGGGAGGAGCUGGACUCGGACUCGGGGCUCUCCCUGGACUCCAGCCGCAGCCCCGCCUCCUCGAGCGGCUCCCCCUCCUCGUCGUCCUCGUCGUCCUCGUCGUCCUCCUCCUCGUCGUCGUCGUCCGAGGAAGGGGCCGUCGGCUACAGCUCCGACUUGGAGACCCUGGACCCGGAGGAGGCGGAAGGGGCGGUGGGCGGCUACCGGCCCGAGUACAGCAAGCUGUGCCGCAUGGACCCCCGCGGCCCGGCCCCGCCGCGCCCCUUGCCUUACCUGGAGCACGUGGACCACAACCACACGUACAACAUGGUGCCCGAGCCCGGCGAGGAGAAGCGGGCCGACUUCCUGGACAAGCAGAUGAGCCGGGACGAGCACCGGGCCCGGGCCAUGAAGAUCCCCUUCACCAACGACAAGAUCAUCAACCUGCCCGUGGAGGAGUUCAACGAGCUGCUGGCCAAGUACCAGCUGAGCGACGCCCAGCUGGGCCUGAUCCGCGACAUCCGCCGGCGGGGCAAGAACAAGAUGGCAGCCCAGAACUGCCGCAAGCGCAAGCUGGACACCAUCCUCCACCUGGAGCGGGACGUGGAAGACCUGCAGCGGGACAAGGCGCAGCUGCUCAGGGAGAAGGUGGACUUCCUCAAGUCCCUGCGCCAGAUGAAGCAGAAGGUGCAGAGCCUGUACCAGGAGGUGUUCGGCCGGCUGCGGGACGAGAACGGGCGGCCCUACUCCCCCAGCCGCUACGCCCUGCAGUACGCCAGCGACGGCAGCGUCCUCCUCAUCCCCCGGGCCCUGGCCGACCAGCGGGCCCGGAGGCAGGACCGCAAACAGAAGGACAGGAGGAAGUGAGCCCCGGGACGGGAGGGAGAAGAAGCAGCUCACCGCCGGGCGAGGACGAGGAGGAGGAGGAGGAGGAGGAG